CGGUGGGUGAAGGGGCAGCGGGUGCCCUGAAGACAGGAGUAGAGCCAGAAUGAAGGCUGAAAGAAACAUGGUGAGGCUCGCCGUGGUGCAGCACCUCCGAGACUACGGGAUAAAAGUGAAACACUGGAACAGGAUCAACUCUAACAGUCGGCCACAAGGCCGGGACAAGAAAAUAACGUACAGUGGUGUGUUUGGUACCCCUCUGCAUGCUCUUCCACAAUGCACUCUCCUUGAACGUGCCAGCAUUCCUCAGUUUCUUGUUGAUGCCUGCAGCUACUUAGAAAAGCACAUUCACACAGAAGGACUCUUCAGAAAAUCAGGAUCUGUGACUCGUCUUAAAAUUUUAAAGGCCAAAGUGGAUCAGGGUGAAAAAUGGCUUACUCUGUCGCCACCCUGUGAUGUGGCAGGUUUGGUUAAACAAUUUUUUCGGGAGCUGCCUGAGCCUGUACUUCCACUGGAAUUGCAUGAAGCUUUCUUCAGAGCACAACAGCUGCAAAAUGAUGAGAAGAUUUCUGCCACAAUUCUUCUUUCCUGUUUGCUCCCUGAGAAAACUAUUGAUACAUUGCACUAUUUCCUGAAGUUCCUUAAUAACGUGUCCCUCAGGUCAAAGGAUAAUAAAAUGGAUGCUAAUAACCUUGCUGUGGUGUUUGCCCCCAAUCUAUUCCAUUCUGGAGAUGGAAGUGAAAAAGUAACUUCAUUGGCAGAGAAGCAACUUCAUCUUCAAGCUGCAACAGUGCACACACUGAUUGAAAACUUUGAAGGCAUUGGUUGUGUUCCAGAGUUUAUCUUGGAAAAAAUUCCAGCAAUGCUUGGUGAUUGUGUAGCAUCUAAAACGCCUUCAUUAGAAACCUUGGAAGAUGGAGAUGGUUCAAGAGUGGAAGAGAGCAAAAGAAGAAGGCGUCGAAGUGUUGGAGAUAUCGUCAGUGGAGCACUAAGUAAACUUAAAUCAAAUAGAACACCUGCUACUUCUCACACCGAUACAUCUGAAACAUCUUCGGGAACGCCAGUAAUUAAAACUCCAACAUGGAAACGGAAACUACUGGUAGAUUCUUCACAAAGCCUUGGAUUUUCAAACAAAAAAAGGCGAUCACUCAGACACAAUAUAGCUUUGGAAUUAUUACCCAGUGGCUUUCUUAGCCAGAAUUGUACACCAUCAUCUGUUGGAACCAAGAGGAAUGAUGGUAGCCCUCAAGUGUCGCUGGAAUCAUUGCAAGGUCCACUGUUGUUAUCUACUGGAAGUGCUACAGUUAAGUCAUCUGCAUCAACUAAUCGACGAAAAAGUAAAAGACUAGAAAACAAAAGGCUGGAAAGGUUGGAAUCAGGAAAAACUAGUUGCUUUUCUCCUAAACUUAAUCGCAAAGAAAUUGUCCGUAAGUCCCUGCGUUUGAGAUUUAGCCUUGGAAAAGGCAAAGACACAAAUACCUUCUCCUUUGGAGUCCCAGCACCAAAUGGUUCAGAAAACAUUGGCUGCCGACUUGCAAAUCAAGGUGAAGGUCACAGCCACAACUGGUUCUCAGUUGAUCCCCCAUUUACCUCAGAUGAGAAGGACAGUAGUGCAAAGGGUUGGAAGCGCAGAAGUAAAUCAGAAGAAAAUCUUAUUUCUCCAGUGUGCAAAAAUGAUUCUCAUCGAAAAUCUUGGAAUUGUGCUAGUCCUACAGAGUCCCUAAUAACAUGUGACCAUUUGGAAGUGGGAACCACAUUAGAGAGUUAUCUAAAUUCCAGAAGCUGUCGAUCAGAACCUGCACUAAUUGUAGGAAAGCCACCUGCUGUACCAGGGGAAUUGCACAAUCGGAAUGUUGCUCAGAACAACAGCAUCAAAAAAAGUGGUGGUUCUUUAAACGAGGAUGGUCAGACUGGAGAAACUGUAUUGAAAAUUAAAAAAGCAUUUUCUGAAUCAGGAUGUAACCUCUGUUCAUUGAUUGCUGGCCACAAAUGUUCCACUGGAAAUGAGUUAUGUGGAAAUAAUUUGCUUUCUCAGCAAGUUCCCAGUACAUCUACCCUUAAAGCUGAUCAACCAUUAGAAGGGCAAUCUGAUUGGUCAUCCUCUGAAUUGCCAGCCCAACCUGUUACAAAUACACUACUCGCAAAUGGCAAAAUAAAUCCCUGCCCAACUGACACGAGCAGAACAUCUAAGAAGAGCAAUAAUCAAAAUUGCAUUAGUAGUUCAGAUCAGCAAGAGAAAAAUGGAAUUGUAGUUCCUCAAAGCAAGAAUACAUCUUCGCCUUCAGUUAAAGAUCCUACUAACACUGACAAAAAUUGUGCUACAGUAUUUUCAUUACCAGGACUGGUGUCUGAGCAAGUAACAUCAAGCUAUAAACAAAAAGAGCAGGAUGAAAAUUGUGAUCCUGGUGAGUUAACUGCCCCAACAUCUUCAGGCAUAUAUGGUGGUCAUCCUCCCUUUGAAUUGCACCAGUCUGUAUUCCUGGCCAAUGAAUUGGGGGUUACUUUCAAUAAGGGUGACAGCUCAGCUUCUACAGAUGGAACUUCAGCUUUAGAAUUUUCUGCAAAGUUGCCUACUUUGGACAUUCCUCUGAGAAAUAUUUCAGUAGAAGAGCUGCCAGACACUGAACAUGGUCAUCACUUCAAAGUGGUUGAACAUAUUCAGCGAUUUAAUAGUCUUUCAUUAAAUGAUCAAACUCCAAAAUAUAAAACUGUGCGGUCACCUUUAAAGUUCAAACGUACUCCAGUCCGUCAGUCUGUUAGAAGGAUGAAUGCACUGUCGUCUGGCAAUGAAAAGUUAGUAGCAAGCAGGAACAGAAUGUGUAAAAUUUCAUUUGGUUCUCCAAAAAUUAAGCCAUUAAGUCAUGAAAGUGGUUUGUCAUUUAAUCAAAAUUCAUUAGCGUUGAAACAAAAUUUUAAUAUAAAACAAAAUAAGCUCAGAGACAAUGCUUGUCAAAAUGAUUUAUCUACUGAAGGAUUCUGGAAAACUGAAUUAGCAAUACAUACAAAACAUACUGCUGAGUUUAAAGAAAAGAAUUUGGGCAGCAAACCGAAGAACUCUGCUCAAAAUGUCAACCAGUCCAUUUCUCAGGAUUGGACUAGUAAGACAAUAUCAGGAGUUUACCAAGCCGACUGUGUGCUGCCAAAGCAUAAUCUAGUUACUAAAAUGUCUGCUGCAACUCCAGAAAAAUCCUUUUCUAAUGUUAUACUGCAUAAAGUUUCAGAGAAAGAAAAACAUCAAUACAAAGGUUCACCAAAGUGCCCCAUAUCAACAAAAUUGACAACUAAAGCCAUAGACCUAUAAAUAUAUGGGAAAACCUUUUUUUUCUUCAAAUAGCAUUGCUGCUGUUCAAUACUUCGAAUUGCACAAACUAUUUUCCUUAAGUUAAUUUUAUUGUUGACUUUCAGGUAUAAUUACUUGGAAUGCUGGAAUUCCCUGAAUUUUAAUUGUAUAAGUAUUUUCUGAAAAUAAUGAUUCACAAUAUGUGUACUUGGGUAAUACCUUUUUGAAACUAUUUCAAAAUAUGCUAUAGACUUAAAGCAAACUAUUUCAAUAGCUUAUAGUCAGCUAAUAGUUUUAUUCAGUUUUCUGUUGAUAGCUUUACACUUUUUAACUCGCUGAGUAAAAUUCUAGGAUUUUAUGAACAUUUGUCAAUAAAAUUAUGUGAAAAUUUGGGGAAAAAAAAAACAAAUUCAACUGCUUAGUUGGAUCCAAAAUGAUACUAAUAUAUAUAGCUCGUUGAUCAGCUGGGCUUUCUGUCAUGCCAUUCUGAUUCUAUUUAAAAGUACAUUUUGCUGGUUUUGAAAUCUUCUCAUCCAGAAAUCCUGUUAAGCACUUUUAGUAUACUGUAGUUUUGAUGCAAUUUAUUGUAUUGUAGCUUUGAACAGAAUAAGUACUCCAUAAGCAGUAUUGUGUUCAAGAAAAGCACAUGCAAUAAUCUUUCAACUUUUUACAGCCAGUUCUGUUGGGUUUGACUUAAUAUUUUAAUACUGUAAUAAUUCUAGUAUGAUUGGUGCAAGUUGAUCGUGAACGAAUGUAAACAGUAAGAAUCUUAUGAAGAUAAAAGUAAAUUAUGAUAUGGAAGUGUUUACAACAUUUGACAUGAAGCAGAAUUUGAAAUAAAAUAUGCUUUAUUAUUUACUAUGCUGUUGUAUUCCCAAGGUGGAAAUAAAUGGCUAAUUCAUAUGGGCAUAAUUUUAAGGUGAUUGGGAGAAAGUACAGAAGUGGGUAUUAGGAGUAAGCCUUUUACACUGUGACGGUUGCGUGGAACGUACUGCUGGGGGUGGUAGUGAAAGAUACAUUAGGGGCAUUUAAGUGACUUGGAUGAAAGAAAAUGGAGGGCUAUGAUGGGAGAGGGUUAUAAUGAACUUGGAGUAGGUUAAAAGGUUGGCACAUCAUGCUGUGCUGUACUGUUCCAUAUAGAAACUACAAUGAAAAAUUAUAUCAAACACAUUUAUUUCAUUGGCUUCUGAAGAAGUGAAAUAAAGGCAAUGUGUGUCAGCCAGUGUUAUUACUGUUCAAAAGGAGGAAACAAAAUCCCAAUAGAAAAAUAUAGUGAGAUUAUAAUGCUAAUAAACUGCAUCAGAUGAAAUCUUUGGAAAAUGGGUGGAAAGUAGAAAAAGAUCAUGCAUGAAUAGUGAAUGAUUUGCAAAGUGCUUUUCUGACAACGUAUAAUACUGACAGCUGAACUUUAAUUUCAUCUGCUCCCUUAGCUAUGUGUUAAAGGUCAUGUGGUACUACUCUGAAGAGCAAAUGGUGUUCUUACCAAUACCCUGAUCAUUAUUGAUCACUCAAUCAUGAAUCACUAUCUGCAGUUUGUGUAAAAUUUUGCUACAGUUCACUUUCUGUUAAAGGGGGAAAUACAUUUCUAAAGUAUUUUAACUGUAAAUGCUUAAGAUGGUGUCUUUCAGAAUCUCAGUUCAUUUAACAGUUCUUUUCAUUUAUACAAACAAAGUUGCCUGUAUAUUGGAAAAUAAAUGAUUCAUUUAAUUAAGCCUCAGAAGCCACAUUCUGGUGUUUUUAAUAAUUGACUUCCUAUGUAGCUUGAU